ACUAGAGCUAAAAAGUACUCUCUGGAAAGAUCACUGAAAAUGCGCGAGGCCUACAAUGCAUAUUUCGGCAUGCCUGUCGGGGAUCAGGACAAACCUUGGGCACCUCAUUUCACCUGCGAACUCUGCAAAAGAACUCUGGAAGGUUGGUACAGAGGGGAAAACAGAGCUAUGAGAUUUGCAAUCCCCCGAAUUUGGAGGGAACCAACUGAUCACUCAAGCAAUUGCUUUUUCUGUAUGGUAGACCCUUCCAAACGUCGAGCAGGCAAAAUGCGCCUGCUAUCAUAUAUCCUGACCUUCUGUCAUCCAUUGCGCCAGUGCCACACUGCUCUGAGCUCCCCGUACCCACUCUAAGAGAGCAGCAGUGUUUACAAAAGGAAAGUAGUUCAGAAGAACAUGAAGACACUGAUCCAGAGUUCAGAGACGCAACUGAUGAGAGAAAUCCAUACUACCCCAGCCAAGAAGACAUCAAUGACCUGAUCAGAGAUCUUGGCCUCAUAAAGUCAAAUGUCGAGCUUUUAACGU